AUGGAAGUAGAACCCAUUUUUAAAAGCAAUGAAUAUGACAAAAGACCUUAUAAAUAUGCUAGAAUGCAUUUAUCCAAGCGUAAUAUCAUGUUCUCUAUAGAUUAUAGAAAUAUCUUCUGUGGAUCCACUUGUCCUUCUGGAUUUCCAUCUUCUAUGGGCGACAAAAAGAACAAGAUUCAGAAGUCUUUGUGCAUAUCGAUUUUAUCAGUCCUUGCAUUUGUAUUGUGCUUAUUACAAGCAGAUGCAUAUGUUUCUGCAGCUGCAAAUCCAAGUGAAGGAAAUGGGCUUUGCACAGAGUCAAGUGGAAACUUGGAAGCCAUGAAAAUUAGAGCAGAGCAGGGUGCCAUAAAGAAAACCCCAAGGAUUUCUAGAAAAAAGACGAAAGCACAGAAGAACUUGGAUAGUUCUGAUAGUACAGACAGUGAGAGCAAAGAGACAAUCCUUGCAGAAAACAAGCAGAAACGAAAAAUGCGUGAAAGAGAUGCAUUGCUAGAGUUCAAAAUAGAAGAGCCAAAGGAAAUCGCAGAGAAUAAUGUAGAUUUAUGCUUAGACCCACCUAAAGAGCCAGAUUACAGGUAUCCAUGCAGGGAAAAGUUAUUGCAAGAUUUUGAAGUCCGGAAAGAAAUGCUUGAUGGCUUGGAAGAGUGCAUGGCAGCAGCAAAGGAAAAGUUCAAUGCACAGAAUAAAGAGCUGUUAAGAUUGAAUAAAGAAAUGUACAAGAAAAAGGGCAUUUAUGAUGGGAGCAUAGAAAUUCUAGAAAGUGUGUACUUAGAGGCAUCUAUAGAGAUGAGUAAACACAAUGACAAUGUAGACAGAAUACAGGAAGCAAUAGAAUUAGUUAGUGAUUUCAGUAGAAAACUCACAAGUACAACAAAAAAAUUACCAAAAGAACAUGAAGAUCUUGUGAAUAAGAUAGAACAACUGCCUUUGCAUAUAUAUGUACCAUGCAAGGACUCAGAGAACUCAGAAGGCAUAUCUCCAGAAAGUCAAAAUAAUUUAAUGCUAGCCUACCCUACUGUAGAAAGUAUAGACGAAACACCAGAAGCAUAUAUGGAGUAUAUAAUAAAAAUUGCAACAGAAACAGAACAGAAAGAAUUAAGUCUAGUAGAUUAUUUACAGGAUAUAAAGAGCAUUAUUGAGUCUAUAUAUUCAGUAGAAAUAAUAAAGACGGCAAACAUAAGAAGCCAAAAGAAGACAAUCAACAGAGGUAUAGAAUUAAAGCGUAAAAUAAGAGUUUUAGAGAAUGGAGUUAAAAUAUUAAAAAGUCUAUCUAAAAAGCAUAGAGCCCUUAUAUAUCUAGCCAGUGACAGUAUGAGCAUUGCAAAGGAUAUAUCUGCAGUCUAUGAAGAAUACAAUGAGAAAAGUAAAAGUAUAGAAGUGAAUGAUUCCUAUUUAAAUCAGGCAGCUAGAAUCUUAGAGAAAUACCUAGAGUGCGAAUAA